AUGGUUGCCGAUUCGAGCAGAAUUCCUUUCCAUCUAGAGUCUCCAAAGGAGGCAUCUAGGUCAGCUGCUAGGUAUCAUCCAGAGCAUAAACCAUGGAACCAAUACCGAGAUGUGAUUGUCGUGGGGCUUGGUAUUUCCGGUAUAUCAACAGCUGUGCUUCUCUCCCACAAGGUACCGAACGCAAAGAUUACAGCAUAUGAAAAGUUUUCCAAAGUGGGCGGAACGUGGGCGGCCAAUGUGUACCCCGGUGUUCGCUGCGAUGUUCCCUCACAUGUGUAUCAGCUUAGCUUUGAGCCCAACCCCAAUUGGUCUGAAUAUUAUCCCAAAGGCGCCGAGAUCCAACAGUAUUAUGGGCGAGUGCUUGAGAAGCAUGGCUUGACCGAAAGUGUCAAGAUAGAGCAUCAAGUCGUUCGCGCCACAUGGCUUAAAGACGCGUCGAAAUGGGCUGUUGAAGUCCGUGAACUUCAAUCUGGCAACGUAUUCGUGGAUACGGCAGAUUUCUUGAUCAAUGCUCAAGGGCGAAUCAGCGAUCCCAACUAUCCAGACAUCCCAGGACUGCGUGACAUAUACCAAGGCCCCGUCAUUCAUACUGCGAGAUGGCCUUCCCAGUUCGACAUUGCAGGAAAAAGAGUUGCUAUUAUUGGAAAUGGAGCAUCAGGGCAGCAGCUUCUUCCCAAUAUUGCCCCCGUGGUAGGAAAGAUCGAUCACUAUGUCAGGAAUAAAACCUGGGUUACACCGACAUUUGUCAGAGACUUGCAUCAAGCUACUGCAGAUGCCCCCGGUGGACCUGUUUAUUCUGAAGAGCAGCAGGCUCGCUUUAGAGAGGACCCUACCGUCCUUCUUGAGCACAGACGUGAACUUGAAAGCAAGUUUCACCACCCUCCUGGUGGCGACCGCCUUGGCAGUGAGAAAAAUAACGCCCUGAGAGAAAGGAUCAUCGAAGUUAUGCGAGAGAGGCUCGAUGGCGAUGAGGAGUGGCUGGAGAGAGUCCUUCCAGAUUAUGCUCCUGGAUGCAAGAGGCUAACACCUGCCCCUGGAUACCUCGAAACAGUCAAGAGUGACAAAGUUGAGUAUAUCACUGAGGGAAUCAAAUCUUUCACACCUACGGGAAUUCUUGCUGCAGAUGGCACCGAGCGCGAGGUGGAUAUCGUCAUUCUUGCUACUGGUUUCGAGCCCAGCUUCAACUCCCGGUUUCCUGUCAUUGGUACUGAUGGGACUGACCUCCGUGACAAAUGGUCAAUUGACGGUCCUAUUGGCUAUCCGGAAACCUACCUCGGAAUUAUGGCGCCUGGCUACCCGAAUUAUUUCUUCGUGCUCCAAGCGCAAGGGAAUGCUCGUGGCGGAAGUGUCCCACUCCAAACCGAGCUCUCAGCUACUUAUAUUGCCAGAGCCAUCCGCAAGGUGCAGUCGCAAUCUUAUUCGUCUCUGGACCCGAAAGAAGAUGCUGCUCAAGAGUUCAAUGACAUAUGCGCUGCCGCUUUCGAGAACAGCGUUUUGACUGACAAGUGUAUCUCGUGGUUCAAGCAAGGAAAGGGAGCGACUCGAGUCGUUAUUAGCUGGCCGGGAACUUUUCAUCAUCGCGCGCAGGCUUUGCGGGAGCCAAGGUGGGAAGAUUUUAACUUCGCUCGUAGACAUGGCGCGGAGAAGAAUAGAUUUGAGUAUUUUGGAGAUGGGUCGACUGUCUUUGAAAACAGUGGGAACCCCGAGGACUUGAUCCGAUAUGUCGUCGACUCUAAUAAAGUUGAUAUUGCUACAUUGCAUGAGACCUGGACUGAAUGA